CUGAAUGCCAGCUUAAUCUGAUCGCUUCGUUACAGACUAUCAUUCCCAUCUACCAUUUCAUCAUCAUGGGGAACAAGACGACGUCGCUUAUCUCGACCGCACCAGGCUCAGACAACACGCCGGCCGAAAAGACGGCAUUCUACCUCUUCCAAGUCGUUCCCGAGCUGAUUACCAGCGCGACACUGCUGGGCAUCAACGCAAAGGAGGUCUUCAGCGCGUGAUGGACUGCACAGCGCGGUGCUCUUUGUUGUAUGUAUGGUCUGCAUUUGUUUGACUCUCGAGGCGGACAAUAGGCGUCUUUUACCCACGCAGUAGCUGUAUCUGUAUAUUUCGCCUGGACUUGCAUCAUCGUGCAUUGAAUGUCACUGUUUGACUUGACUCGAUGUCCAUUUCACAAGCCCGCGGGAGAA